UUUUGCAGAGUUCAAGAAAUCUCAAGGAAAAUAAAUAAAGACAAAUUGUUCUCCAGACGGUUUGUGAGCAAGAACCUAGCAGUGUUGCGAGCCCACGUGAUCAGAGGAGGAGGGCGGGCAGCGGGGGGGAGGGGGGGGGGGGGUCCGGUUCUAAACUGGUGCCAGAUUAACCCGUGUUUGGAUUGGACCCGUUUGCAGGGUGGUUUGCGCCUGAGCGCAGCGGGACUCAAGAGAGCCGUGCGGAUCAGUGCCCCACACUCUGUCAGAGGAAGCGAUGUCCUCCCCGGGGAGCAGACGGAACAGCUGCCGAGGAGCCGCGGCUGGAAGCAGAGCAUCGUCGGACUCGGUCCCCCCCGGGCGCCGCCGGGCCUCCUCCAGCUGCCCUUACUUCUCCCCCGGCGCGCAGGCCGAGGACUUCUCCGUCAGUCUGAGCCAGCCCAUGUUCGCCAUAACGCUGCGGUUCCUGCUGGCGGUGGACCUGUGGCUGUCCAAGAAGCUCGGGGUGUGCGCGUGCGAGGAGUCGCCGUGGGGAGGCAUCCGGCCCCUGGUGCGGCUGGUGGAGUUCUCCGGGCACGUCGUCCCGUGGCUGGUCGGCGCCGUGUACACUCUGCUCCGGGGGGAAAGCGUGGCGGAGCAGGAGCUCAUGCUGAAUUUGACCCUGGCUCUAAUUUUGGACCUGCUGCUGGUCAGAGCCGUGAAGACGCUGGUGAGACGACGGACGCCCGUCCAGAACCGCUCCGACAUCCUCUCAGCCUUCUUCGUGGAGCGCUACUCCUUCCCCUCGGGCCACGCCUCGAGGGCCACCAUGUGCGCCCGCUUCUUCCUCGCCCAGGUGGCAGACACGGCCUCCAUGAGGGUCCUGGUGGUUAGCUGGGCGGUCCUGGUGAGCUUAUCUCGGCUGCUGCUUGCCAGGCACUAUGUGACGGAUGUGGGCUUUGGCUUGGCCAUGGGUUACUGCCAGUACAGCGUGGUGGAGAGGUUGUGGGUGACUUGGGACUCUCUGCAGGACUUGCUUUUCAUUCGACUGAGGGAAAGCCUGGACAGGGCUUAUGAGGGACUGUGGAGGAUAGAGUGGAAACAUUAAGUCAUAUGUGCGUGUGUAGGGGUGUGUGUGUGCGUGUAUGUAUGUGUGUGUGUCCGGGUCAGCCUUUGUGUUGAGAAAAUGUGUAGGCUGUUUGUACUUAAAACCAAAAAUCCUGCUGAAUUUGAGUUAUUUUUCAAAUAAAGUCAUGCUGUUCUGAA